ACACUGAAGAUACCUCAGGCACGGAUCUUUUGCCUGAAACAAGUUCAGCCACGCUCUAUGCAGAUAAGAACCAACAACUCGCGGAGCAGCUGAGCAUGCGCUUCUUGACUCGCCGUCGAGAUAUAUCAUAUGCUGCAUGCAUGAGGAGGGACAGUGCAGGAAGGGAAACUCUCAAACUCACUCACCACCCCAUCCCAACCCCCAAACCAGGGCCACGGCCACCACCCAUCACCUAUCCACGAAUCCCCGGCAUCGAAGCCGUCGGCAUCGUCGACGGAGCCCCAGGCCUAGAACACACGUUCCCGCGGGGUAGCAUCGUAGCGACCGCCAUGGGCGGGAUGGCGACUGUUUUCGACGGGGGCUACGCCGAGUACACAUGCGUACCAGCGGGGCAGACGCAGCUCCUCCGGCUCAAAACGACUCUGCCAUGGGAGAUCCUCGGAGCGAUCCCGGUGAUGGUGCCGACGGCGUGGGGGGCGCUGAUUCGGUCGCUGGGGCUUAGGGCCCGGGAUCGAUUGCUGAUACGCGGGGGACGACGGCUUACGACGAGGAAGAAGGAGCGGGAGGCGAUGUUACUUGAGAAUGGGGCGGAUCGGGUCUGGAUUGAUGAUGGCGCGGUUGCAGCGCAGAUUGGGGAUGCUGGCUCGGGGCUGGUGGGUGCGGCUACUUUGGCUGACUCGCUGCGGUGUGUGAAGAAAGGGGGUGUUGUAUCUCUGGUGGGCAGGUUGAGCGAGAAGGAGGAUCUGGAGCAGGUGGAUCUGAUGGAGUUGAUCCCUUCUGGGAUCAAGCUGACGGUGUACCGGGGGACGUCUGAGGAUUUCAUGAGCACGCCGCUGGAUGCGAUACUGAGGCUGGUUGAGCAGGGACGUUUGAAAUUCAAGAUAGGACGAGUGUUGCGGAUGGAACAGAUUGUCGAGGCCCAUCGGUGUAUGGAAGAGAAUGAAGCGGAAGGGAAGAUUGUGAUUCUCCCUUGA